AAUGAAGAUUUCACUUUUUCCAAUAAAAGAGGGUCCAAUUAUGAAGAGGUAGCAACCUCCACCUCCCAGAGCCAUGGUGGUUGUGACAUCCACUCCUUUAUCUUCUCUCCACACUAAUCUCUGCACCCAAAGCGAACGCCAUUUCUACAGCACCUCCUGCAGGCCUCUCUCGCCUUCUCUCCUGAUUCUCCGCCAAAUUCAUCACAACCCCAGAAAACCCAACUCGCCCAAAGCGUUAGGCUCUUAUGGGGUCUUCUCUGUCAGGUCUUAUAUGGAGGAUUCGAACUCAAUAUCCACUAUUGCCAGCAAAAUCAUCGGUGCCCUCCCCAUCGUUGGCCUCUUCGCAAGGAUUUUCAGCGACGAAGGGGGCAUAGGCGGUGAUCUCGUCGACUUUGCGGAGUUCCGAAGGCGGGUGGGGAAGAAUUCUAAGUUGGCUGAAUCCAGAGCUUUCUGCGAUUUCAAAGAACGGCGAGGCCAGGCAGGGGAUACUUUUUGUGUUUUAUUUUGCUGCUGGCUUGCUGCAGUUGGGGCUGGUCUGCUAACCUCUGAAGAAAUUUUGGAGGGAGUGACGAGGCUGCGGAUUUCAAAUGACAUUGAAUACGAGGAGGAGAAUUUCCUGGCCAUGAUGAAUGAAUCAAAAGAGAAACGGAGUAAGUUAAAGCUUGCUAAGCCUGCAAUCCCAAUGGAAAUUAGAGCAGAGAAAGCUCUUGAAGCUAUUUAUGUCUGUUGCUUUGGAAAAGACCCCAUAGAAGAAGAAGAUGAGAGAUUACUGCGAAUCAUGCUUAGUGCUGUUUUCCCGUCAGUUGAGCAACCAGAGAUAGAGAGGAUUGUCAAAGAAAAGGUGACAAAAGUGGCUGAAGGCGGUGAUGAGGACAAUUUUCCGGGCCCGGAAUCUUUAUCAAAAGGAGCUGUACCGUUGCAACUUAAAGAUCUCCAAUUUCUCAGACAAAAUACUGAGAGUUAACCACUGCUGUCAUAUUGUGAGUUUGUGACUUGCAAAACCCUAUUCGGUCUGGAUUGAUGAGUAAUGUGAAUGGAGCUUUGUUCCUAUGUUCUGUAUAUGGUUGUACAAAGCAGAAAAGGGCAAUGAUGUUCAAAAGCUCCUAUUUUGCUUAUUUUUGGAACAAGGCAGGAGUUGUUCAAUUCAUCAAAACAACCCCUCUAGAUUCUAAUUAGUUGUCUGGGGAUGCGCACUAUGUUUGUACCUCUAGUCCUAAAUUUUUUGUUCUUUAGGGAAGAAUGGAAGUUGAGGAGAUGAUAGAGGGUUUAGAUGUGUACUUCUUAAAACUAUUUUGUUAAGUUGCUUUUAUAUUGAUGAUUUGUAAUGGUGUAAUUAAAUGAUUGUUUGUAAGAUUGAGGAUAUUUUCAUCAGUAUGAGAAAUUUUCAGGAUGUUAAAAUGCA